CAAGGGUAUUUCCAUCCAAUCUAAGGGCGAUUCGGAUGGCUCUAGAGAGCUUUUGAGCGUUGUACUGACUUCCCAGCCUCUUUCUGUUGGAUGGAUUGCUGUAAACAAAAAGACCAAAAAAAAAAAAAAGUUCUGGAUCCCGAUUUCGGGUUUUUUGAUCGUACCUCUUUUCUCCUCUACUUUAUUGAAGAACUUUGGAAGCACCGGAAAGGUGCGAUCCGGCCGAUCUUUCUCUUAAACCUUUCUUGGUAUUCAUGUUUCAGUAAUCGUGUGAGGAGUCGCACCAAAAAAGAAGAAGAAGAGAUUCACAGCUCAUGUUGACAUUUUCAUCCAAUACAAUGGAAGAGAUCUGACAAUUUCUUCUAAAUGAGAAUGAUUUCUUGCUGUCAAUUUCUGUACUUUCUUCUUAGUUGUGAAACUGACUAUACUAAAUAGCAGAGGAAGCCAAAAAGGAACAACAGAAGCAGAUUUGAAGUUUCUUUCUAACAUUUAUUCGCCUGCAUCACACUUCGGUUUUGCUGCGAGGAUUUCGACAUCUCUGGAUCAGUUUCAUUUUUCGUUCCAGAAACUAGUCAGACAAAUCGAUUUACAGAUUUGAUAAGGUAAUGAUGAAGCUUGCAAAAAAAUUAGCAAAGCAAUGGCUUGGAGUGCAAAACCGUCCUGUGGCAGUUCUGAUCAUAUCAUUCAUUACAAUCCUUGCAGCCUCAGGAUUAUUUCUAAGUAACAAAAGAGAGCAAGUCAGUUCUUCAUUUUAUCUUUCAAAUCCAAAAUGGAAUAGAUUUCAAUCAUCUGUUCAAUUCUACCCUACUGUAGAGUUCAGGAAUGGAACUGAAGUGAUAUGGCAGAUACCUGAUUCACCCAAAGCUGUUCUGUUUCUGGCUCAUGGAUGCAAUGGUAGAGCUGUUAAUUUUUGGGAUAGAUGUCCGAACUGCCCAAAUUGUGUUGGUCUGCCUGAGGAAAGGCUUAUUGUUCUUCAUGCUCUUGCUCGGAAAUUUGCUGUCAUAACCAUUUCAAGUGCAGGGGAAUGCUGGUCACUUGGUAGAGGGGAAGAAAGACUAGUUGUCAAAGAGAUUAUCAAAUGGUGGGUUGCCAAAAACAAGCUUGAAAAGCUUCCUCUUGUGGCUCUCGGAGCCUCAUCUGGUGGGAAUUUUGUUUCGGUGCUGGCCACUGAUAUGAGAUUCAAUAGUAUUGCAAUUAUGAUAGCAGAAGCACUAUUUUAUGGAACGGAUAUACCUGAUGACUAUCCUCCUACCCUUUUUGUGCACAUGCCUAAAGAUCGUGCAAGGUCACGGGUAAUCAAUGGAAAUUUGGAAGGCUUAAGAAAGAAAGGCAUUGAUGUUGCAGAAAUUAAAUGUAUGGAGUUCCCUUUGUACCCAAAUUUCUUGGCUGACAAAAUCCCAGGUCUUGACCAGACUGUCUCUAUAAAUUUGUUUGAGCUGUUCCGUAAAAAGGGUUUCAUUGAUCAGAAUGGAUAUAUGAAGAAAGAUGGACGUGCAACAAAAUGGGAAGAAGCUCUUGGGGAGAUGGGAACUCUUUUACCAGAUAAGCCUGAAAUGGACCAUCACAUUGAAGAGGAACUGAAUCUCGCAUUUGCGUACCACGAGAUGACUAGUUUCCCAUCUGAGCGGAUCUUUGACUGGUUUGAAUCCCACAUGAGUUGAUAAGGGGUUCAGACAUGUAACUUCUCCCUUGCAAAAAGUCUUACUGGAUCAUACGCUGAUUACUGACCAAUGGAUGAACAGCGGUUGUAAAGUGAGAACAUUGAAAAAGCAGAUACUCAGAGGUUUGCAUACAUGGAAUGGGAAAAUGAAAAUUUCAUUUGUAAUUCCAUGAAUUACAAAGUUCUCUGUUGCCUGGGGAGAUGAACUCUGAUCUGAAGGUAUGCCUUCUUUUUUAUUUCCUUUAUAAUUUUUUGGACUAUGUUUUCCUUCACCCGUGGAGUAGAGAAAUCUCUUCUCCAUUGGUGAUGAAACCAUGUGAUUGAACUCUUGGGUCAUCAUUAUUACACUCCACCUCCUAUUGCGGAAGUUGAAAAAUACCUCCCUAAUGCAGUGGUACCGAUGGGAGUGGUUGUGGAUAGUGUAGAGAAACUUGAUCCUAUUUUUUUAGCCUGCCCUGGCAUUUGGUGUGGGCCAUCUUGCUAGCAUUAGUUGCUAGGCAUUCUGUUCAUCAGAAAGGAUGUGAUUGUUUUUCCUUUUCCCUUCUUUAACUGCUGAGAUUAGAUCUAUUAGAUCAUAUAAACAUCUGUAGAAGUUUUGUGACCUGCAACAUAUGGCAAGUUUUUGGUGGUUAUAUCAAGAGAAAAUAUAUUUAGCCUGUUACUGUAA